UCUCCGGACGAAAAAAAAUCAAGAGCCGAGUGUUGCGAUGUAUUGGAGGCUCUCAUCAUGGCGGAAAACCUGGGCGGUAAAAUCGAAGAAAUUUUGAAGAAACUUGGAAAGCUGGAUAUUAUCGAGUCACAACGCGAUGAGAUGCAUGCAAAAAUUAUUAACACUGAAGUGGGUAGACUAGACACAAAGGUCAAAAGCUUAAAGAACAAGACGAAGAAGCUGAAGAAGAAUGUGGAGGAACUCGAGGAUGCAUGCAAUAAAAUGAAGAUGUUAUACGCGAACUACAACGUAGCAACAGGAAACUUUAGAAUGACAUUAAUGCAUUGAAGAAGAAGCUCAUAUACAUGGAGACCUACUCCAGACGAGAAAAU